AUGGCAUCCAUUGACUCUACCAUUGCUCCCACUGUUGCAACUGCCUCUUCGGCAAAAAUAGCUUGGGAUCUCCUUUAUACAACUUAUGCCAAUUGGAGUCUCACUCGCAUCUUCAGCUUACGAGAUCAGUUGCAAAACAUGAAAAAGGCCUCCAAGACAGUUGCUACUUACAUACAUGAGAUCAGAUCAAUUGUUGAAGCUCUCAAAGUAGCGGGCUCUUCAGUGGCUUAUGAUGAACUAGUAGUCAAGAUCUUGAGUGACCUAGGUCAUAAGUACCAUGAAAUCACUGCCGCUAUAAGAGCACGCGACACAGCCCUAAGCUUUGAGGAGAUAUUCCUGAAACUCACGAACCAUGAACUCUUUCUCAAACAUCAAGAUAUUGACAAGUCAUCCUCAAUCAUCACGGCUGCAGUCGCACAAAGGACCAACUUCCGGCCCCAACAUCAGAAAAAUAAUCGUCGCUUCCCAAAUCAAUCUUCAAGACCACAAACUCCACGAUAG